AUGCUGUUUUUGAACGACAACCAGUUGACUGAACUGCCUGAGUCAAUGGGCCAAUUGCGAUCGCUCACGCGCCUGAAUGCCGGUGGGAACCAGUUGGCUGCUUUGCCGGUGUCCGUUAGUCAGUUGCCAUCCUUAAUUGAGCUUCGGUUGAAUAACAAUUACCUGACCAUGCUCCCAGACUCCGUUGGACAGAUGAAGACACUGACUUCCUUGUAUCUGAAAUCGAAUCAACUGACUUCCCUGCCCGAAUCGAUUGGGCAGCUGCGGCACCUAUCGACUCUGAAUUUGGACGGCAAUCAGUUGACUAUUUUUCCAGAGGCGAUUGCAGAUUUGCAAUGGCUGAAGCAACUCCGCAUAGCAGGCAAUCGGCUCACAUCAUUGCCUGAGUCAAUUGGAAAGCUGCAAUCGCUCCGAAAAUUGGACAUACACUCCAAUAAGUUGACUUUAUUGCCUGAAUCCAUUUCACAUUUGCAGGAGCUCCUCUACCUGCACCUGCAGAACAACCAGCUGACCUCACUUCCUGAUUCGAUAGGCAACUUAACACUCUUGCGAAUUUUCAGUUUAGAUUCCAAUCGAUUGAGCUCAUUGCCUGAGUCCAUGGCAAAUUUGAGCCUACUGAGUUUGUACUUAGAUUCUAAUAGGUUGACGUCAAUACCACGCUUAAAUUCGCCAAACUUGCUGGAAUUGAGGGCUGCCAAGAACCAGCUAAGAACGUUGCCAGAUUUAGGCAACAAGAUGCGUCUGCAAGUGCUUUCUUUGCAUGACAACUUCUUGGAACAACUUUCACACAGCAGUACGUCUAUGAGCCGCUUGGAAGUUGCGUUGCUUCAUUCCAAUCGAAUCCGUGACUGUGCAGAGAUUUGUCGUCUUGGACUCAGUGUUCGUUUGAAGACACUCUACUUGCACCGCAAUGCGUUGGGCAAAGUACCGCCUUGCUUGAGCCAAUUCAGUUCUUUGGAGGUUCUGACCCUGCACAGUAACUUCUCGACUGGAGAAGUGCCGAAAAAUCUUGUUGGGCUUCCAAAUCUGAAUAUUCUCACCCUCCAUAGGAACAGACUCUAUGGUAAUCUUCCUCAAGAGCUUGUGACUGCGCCCAAGCUGUUCUUCUUUUCAGCGCACUCGAAUCAUUUGGUGGGCCCAAUCCCAGCAUUAAACCUCCGCAAAGACUGUGUCAAUGAUGCCUCUUUUGUGACUGACCACAGCACUUGUGAUGAUUUUGCCAUGUGGGCAUUGGAAUGUAAGAAGGCAGAAAUUGCAUUGCACUGUCCCAAGGCAUGCUUGAUGUGCGACAAUGCCAGUGCACGGGGUCCUGUUCUGUUGCUGCAUGACAAUCGGCUCUCAUGCAGCUUACCGGAAGAAGUGACUAGCUGGCCGGAAGCCAUGCGUUCGAUUUCCCUGGUUGGCAACAUGUUGGGAAAUGGAAGCCAUGCAUUGCCGGAUUGGAUACACACUUAUGAGCAUCAGCCCUUUCUGUACUUAUCGGAAAACACGGCGAGCGACAUCUUCAAACGGUCAAUGCUGCUGGCAUCAAUGUGCACAUUGGGCUGGCUGCUUUUGGUGGCUGGGGUAGGAGAAGAAAUGUCGUGGCUGGAAAGCUUUCUGAAGUUCAUUUAUAGUUGCUGUUGGUUGUGCAUCGUGGCUGUGUUAUCAUUCCCUUCUGUGGCAUAUGCAGUGGUGAGCGCCAUCCCUUUCAACAAUACCCUGAAGCUGUCAGCUUGGUGGCUGAAGUUUUUUCAUUACCAAGCUGCUUUGGUCAUGGUCUUGGUGGACAUGUUCAUCACUCCCAAAGCAGUUCGAUUUUUUGCAGAUGCCACCGGCAUACGAAGAUCCAUGUUAUUCAUGGCGGCGCGUUUGGGGACCAUGUGGUUGGCCGCAGUGCUGAGCACCAUCUAUUUGACCACGAAUUGUAUGAACGGCUGGACCCAGUUGUGGAAAGUUUGUGAUGACAGCACGGAAGACUACAAGCUCUUCAACAUCAGUCUAGGUGACAACCCGAUUCUUGAGCCCAAAGCGGACCUUUGCUCAGCAAAGGAGUCUUGGUGGAGUGACAGUGCGUGUCCACGUGCCGUGGUCAACACCAUGGCACCUCUGCUGGUAUCGAAGAUGAUUACCCGCGCCUUCCUGCAGCCCAUCAUCACCUUGCUCAGGUGGCAAAUGUCAUAUCCCGAAGGUGGACAGCUCUACAUGUUGCGCGGUCUAAUCUGUACCAGUCGUUCAUUGGAACCUGGGCAGCAGGCAAGUUUGUUGGUGACUUGGGCUGAAGUAGCUUUGCUGUGGGGAGCCUUUGUGCCUGUUCUGCUGCCAUCAGUGCUUUUGGCAACUGGAGCCAACAUGUUGAUGUGCAAAGUGGGGCACGGCCACUUUGGCGUGGAGCAUUUGGCCCAGGACAAGGCAGCAACCGGGAUGUCCCGAAGGUAUUUGCACGGCAGCUUGUGUGUCUUAGUGUGCUUCCAGAAUUGGUUUGCCUGGUCCAGUGGCAUGCAUGGCCGGUGGCUGCUCCUGCUGAUUGCGUUGAUUUAUGCACUUGAGCUGGGAGGUUUUCUGAGUUUUUGGCCUGAUCAGAGACGCAACAGGGUUGCCAUUUUAGAUGACAACCCUCCAGAUCCACCAGAGAGGUAG